AUGGCAGUACCCCUCAUGUCGACACACGAACCCGCGCCGCCGUCCCCGCCUAACGUUCCCGACCGGUAUGCGCCUUCCGCCGUGACAGUCGAACCGCGAGACAUGUCCACCCCAAAUCAGCAGCGCACCUGGAGCUCGCCCGUCGCCGCCCUCGCCGUCAGGGUCUCCAAGCUCCCCGACAGCUCCGUCAAUGCUCUGUGCGGAGCGUCUGCCGGAGUUGCUUCGGGCAUAGUGACGUGCCCGCUCGAUGUCAUCAAGACCCGCCUGCAGGCGCAAGGCUCUUUCCGCCCCAGGACAUACACCGGGCCAACGCGCACAGUAUACAAAGGCCUCACUGGUACUGCGCGAGUCAUAUGGAUCGAGGAUGGUAUCCGCGGCCUGUACCGAGGACUCGGGCCCAUGCUGCUUGGGUACAUUCCAACCUGGGCCGUCUACAUGAGCACUUAUGAAUCGACGAAAAAUGUUCUCUAUCCUCAGAUGGAGAACAAAUGGCUUGCUAGGACCAUCGCCUCGUUGUUUGCUGGUGGCUGCUCGACGCUAGUCACCAACCCCAUAUGGGUCGUCAAGACAAGACUCAUGUCCCAGGUCAGCGCCCGCGCAUCUCCCGAACACCGGCCGCCAUGGCACUACACCAGCACCUUUGACGCCUUUCGCAAAAUGUACCUCAAGGAAGGCAUUGCCUCCUUCUACUCGGGCCUUACACCUGCGCUUCUUGGCCUCACCCACGUCGCUAUUCAGUUCCCGCUAUACGAGUUCCUCAAGAUGAAGUUUACUGGCCUGGAAAUGGGCCAGACAGACAGCAAGACUGAGGAUGUGCAUUGGUUUGCUAUUGCACUGGCAACAGUCUUGAGUAAGAUGACGGCGACCUCGGCGACAUAUCCACACGAAGUUUUACGCACGCGUCUGCAAACACAACAACGUUCGCUGCCCUCGCACUCCGAUAAUAAUGUAUCGUUUCGAGGAGGCCAGCACGACCGCUUUCAUACCCGCCCUCCUGGCACGGCUUCGUCGGAUGGUAUGAUAAACCUACCCCGCUAUCGCGGUAUCUUGCGAACAUGCACAGUAAUCCUCCAGGAAGAGGGAUGGAGAGCCUUCUACAACGGAAUGGGAACUAACAUGGUCCGUGCUGUACCUGCUGCAGUCACGACCAUGUUGACAUUCGAGUCGUUGAAAGCCGUCCACCAGAAACUGAAGAACGAGGGUAGGAAGAUAGAGAACGAGGUCGAGUGA